UAAAUGGCAAGCAAUCCGUAUGUUAAAUCUCUAAUCUGGUUAGUUUGUUCAGGCGGCGUUGGCUACGGGCUUAUGUUGCUUACCGAACCAUCUGAGGAGAAACUAGAGCGCAUAAAAGCCACGGGAGGUCCAGCACAUCUAACCAACGAAGAACUUAAAAAGUUACAGUUUAUGCAACGUAUGCGCGAGGCGGCCACUGGUGAAGCACCGCCAAUUUACAUGCAGAAAAAGGAAAAGUAAACACAAAAUCAGCACCAAUUUGAAAGUGAUUCUACGUUAACACAUACAGCAAAAUGAGCGCAAAUUUACAAAACAGCGGCACUACCUUGAACAGUGGCGAGAAUUCCGAUUCUAAGAAGGAAAACAUAUUGGAGCGUUUAAAUAAGCGCAAUAAAGAACGUCAAAAUUAUUUGGACGUAAAAAUAGAGCAACGUA